AUGGCGGCCCCAGACUCUGAUUCCACAGACAACAAAAUCUACGCCCUCAUAAACUACGAAGACCCCUACGUCCAACCCCUCAUCCUAUCCGCCCUCGAAAAGCGCUUACCAAACUCAUCUUACUCGCUAAUAUCCUCCAUCUCCCGACUCCCCUCCCCCUCCUCCCGCCUCCUACAAUGGGUGCAAUACGAAUCUAUCGACUUCGACCACCUCAUGGAACAGUCCUCUAGUAGUCUCGCCAACGCCUACAUAAUCCGCAAAGCCCUAAUCCGGAAACACUACCUCAGCACCACCAUCGCGAAUUGGAUAACCAAAUACCCGGAUAGCGUACUCAAGAAACAUGUCAAGCCGAGUGUGGAGUUUGAAGUCGAUUAUGCGGAGUUUCUGGAUGAUGCAUUGGUUGAGGCGUGGGAGUUGAAGGAGAGUUGGGGGAGGAAUGAAAGUUUAAGGGAGGGGGAUGGGGAGGGGGAUGGGAAGGAGAAGAGGGAAUGGUGGAUUCUGAAACCGGGGAUGAGUGAGAGGGGGCAGGGGAUUAGGCUGUUUAGUAGUGAGGAGGAACUGGUGGGGAUUUUUGAGGAGUGGGAUCCUGAGAGUGAUGAUGAGGAUGAGGAGGAUGCGAGAAGUGAUGCCGGCGCCAACAGCAGCCUCAGCAUCGGCGAGCAGCGCAAAGACGAGAAAGAGAAAGAAGAGGGAAACGGCAUCAUAACAUCCCAACUCCGCCACUUCAUCGCACAACCCUAUAUCCACCCCCCUUUACUCCUCACCCCUCCUUCCACAUCCACCCCCUCCCCUUCCUCACCCUCUCCGCUCCGCAAAUUCCACAUCCGCACCUACGUCCUCGCCACAUCCGCCCUCCAAGUCUACGUCUACCGCCCCAUGCUCGCCCUCUUCGCCGCACGACCCUACGUCCCUCCGUGGGACGACGUGUUACAAACCGACCGCGACGAAGCUAUGCGCGCGCACCUGACGAAUACGUGUUUACAAGAGUCAGGGGAUAGGGAGGGCAGUGUGGGGUUAUUCUGGGAUCUCCCCUCCUCCCUGCCCUCCCAGCCCGACCUCGGGUCCGUCAAACUUGAGAGUAAACCGGACUGGAAGGACAAAGUCUUCUCGCAGAUCAAGGAAACGACGGGUGCGACGUUUGAAGCUGCGGCGAGGGGCAUGUCGAUACAUUUCCAGCCUCUACCCAACAGUUUCGAAAUCUUUGGCUUGGAUUUCAUGGUGGGCAUUGAGGAGGAUGGGGGACUGAACACGUAUCUGUUGGAGGUGAAUGCGUUUCCGGAUUUCAGGCAGACGGGGAGCGAGUUGAGUGGCAUGAUUGAGGGGCUUUUUGAGGGGGUGGUGAAUAGGGCGGUUGUGCCAUUCUUUGGGGUGGAGGGAGAGGGAGGGGAGCGGGAGGAUGGGAUGGUCAAGGUGUUGGACAUUGAUCUGGGACGGCGUUGA